GCGGGGGGAUCACGUGUCCUGCCCAAGAUGGCGGCGCCCGGAGCGACCUUCCGCCGCUUGCUGUCGCUACGACGGUCGCUGCCGGUGGCUGUCGCUGCUCGGCCUUACGGUGUUCGGACCUCCGGUACUGGCGAGCUGGUGACACACACCGGGCAGGUAUAUGAUGAAAAGGAUUAUAGAAGAGUUAGGUUCGUUGGACGGCAAAAGGAGGUGAAUAAGAAUUUUGCGAUUGAUCUGAUAGCAGAGCAGCCUGUGAGUGAAGUUGAAAGCAGAGUGAUAUCAUGUGAUGGUGGUGGUGGAGCUUUGGGACAUCCUAAAGUGUACAUAAACUUGGACAAAGAUACAAAGACUGGAACAUGUGGCUACUGUGGACUUCAGUUUAAACAGAAACAUCACUGAAAGAUUGUCCCUGCAUGCUUGCAGAUUUCUGUUCAGAUGUUAGUGUUUAACUAUAAAUAAACAAUAUAUGUUUAGAAACCCAA